AUGUCACCUAGAUCCUAUUCCCCCAAUAAUAUUCCUAGAAGAAGAACCAAUAAACAAUAAAACUAUUUAAAUCCCAACUCUGUUAAUUCUUAUAUUUCUAAAAUGAUGAAUGAAAUCAAAAUUGACGGAAUUGAGAGUUUUAAUAUGGAAAAUAAAAUGCUCAAGAAAACCGCUAAAAUUGCAGAUUCCAUUUUUUGGAAUGAAGACAAAGUAGAUGAUAUCUAAAACAAUUUAUACGAGUAUAUUCAAGAAAAAGUAGGUGCUCAUGGAUAUGACCAGGAUGAAAAAGUAGACAGAUGGAUAAAAAACUUUUGGAUUAUGUGUUAAGACGUUUUUACUGUUUCAGUUAUUAAAGACUUUUUAUCACAAAGACCCUCCUUUUACUAUAAUUACUUGCAUAAAUACAAGUAGGACAGCGCAAAUCAAGUUUCGAAGAAUUUAAGUAGAAUUUAUGAAUAAACCAAUAAUAGUGAUGAAUAUUAAUUGCCUUCUCUGAAUCAAUUCAAAACUCCCUUGAAAGAAAAGGUUGAUCCACAUCAACAUAAUAAUAGUAAUAAUAAUAACAAUAACAAUGCAAACAAUGAUACCAACAGUCCCAGCAAUCUCUGCUUAGAAGUAAAGUAUGAUGAUCACUUCCAACAUCAAAUUGAGUCGCCCUCCAAAUUACUAAAUCUACUUACUCCUAAACAUUAGGCUAUGCAUUAAUCUAAUAAGAAAACACCUAAUCUCAAAUCAGAAAAUAAAAGCUUUAUUCAGCAUUCUUAAUUUAAAGAUAAUUUAAGUUUGAGCAAACUAAAAUUUGAAACUACUCCACUUAAAAAAAACUCAGCUUUCAAAUUUUAUAAUAAAUUACAACAACAUUAGUAGUAGUAAUAGCUUUGA